AAUUAACAUCGACGAUAUGCGUGACGAGAGUGAGGGGUUUACCUGUAGAGAGAAAAAGAACCGACAGGAGGAGCAUGACUGCGCUGUUUGAAGGCUGGUGGUCCGAUGUUGACUGCAAUGCAGGCGGACGCUCCGGUUAUCCGCUUUAUGAUGGGAAGUCAGGUGACUGCUCCGGCAGAGUCAGACACGUGACUGCCUCCUGUCGUGACGUCACAUCUCAACUGCCACUCGAGUCUGGAUUUUAUUGAAAACCCCUCCACUUUACAACAGAGGAUCACAUCUUUUUAAGAACUGUAUACCAGAGCAGGCUGCUCCACACAGUCUACCCGUCCUCCCCGCCUGGAAACAGUGAGACAUCUCCAUUCUGCCUGCACUCUCUUCUUCACCAUCGUUUACUGUUAAUGAUUGAUCCCAAAUUGUUGGACUCACCACUUCUCCUCAAGCCUCUCAUUCAAAUGCUUCAUUUUGAAAACACUAUCUACACACAUCAGUGUGCGGAUGAGUCGUAACCGCUGGAAGGAAUGAUGAAUCAAAGUCAAAAAUGAAAUGAAAGACAAAGAAGAAAGAAAAGGUUAAAGUGGGAGCUCACCAGAUACAGUUAGGGCGUGGUCAAUGUCUGCUGCAGUCUGUGGUCAAGAUACUCAAGACAGCUGAUGUGAAAGAUCGUGACCAUGGACCAUGAAGGAAUCCAACCCAAAGGUAAUCAAUCACAUAUAAACACAGCAUGGAUGGAAGACGCAUUCUUCUGUUCCUCACCGAUCUGCAGCUUCUUUGCUUAUUUCAGAUUCCAUCUCAGAUUCCAUCUGGGGGGCACCAAUGUCAUGUCAGCAGGAAAUUGACUGCUCUUGUAUAUCAUGUUUGUUUUUGAUUUUCUGAAAUUGGUUAUAGUUUUAAUAGCGCUUUUCUUCAUUAACAGACAAAUCACGUCACUAUUGAUGCAAAAUAUGAGGCUUGAUGUACACGUGGACCGCAUCCCAGAUGUGACUGAAGCCCAGAAGUCCAGGAGUUUAACAUGCAAUGCUUUCGUGCGUUUACAGAGGCCGCAGACUGGGAGAAAGCUGCUGGAAAUUGUUUUAUUCUGGGGGCUCAACUGGUUAUGUCACAAGAGGGAAGCCACGUGUUCCUGAUCAAUUUCACCUUUCAGCUCAGAAAGCUCAAUGAAAACGCACCAAAUUCGUUUUGGAUUGGGGUGAAUAGUUUGACAAAAGAUGAUUCUCACAGGGAUAUGAAGGGUAACUUGGUCAAAGGCUAUUGGCCAACCGAGUCAUAUGAAAAACAAAUCAGAAGUUGUGUUCUUCUGGUUGUGCCAUCAUCUCUCAAUGAUAAAAAGUCAUAUCAAAACUGGGAAACACGACAAUGUCUCGAGAAACAUUCUUACUUCUGUGAGAGACAAGCUCUAGUUUGAGAAAUGGACCACCUAUGUAUCCAACUUCCAAAAAUAUCCAGCAUUUUUCUUCAGUGUAAAGUAUAUGAAUGUGAAUUGUAAUAUAAAUUAAAAUAAUGACAAGUUAAGCAAAACACAUGUACAUAUAUUUAAUUCUUCUUGCAGACAAGAACAAAAACUUUGGUCUGAAAUCCAACUCCAGUCCGACAUGCAUGGGCAGGAAUCUCUUGGACUGGAUCAUAAAAAAAAACCUGUAAAUGAAAAAAAAAAAAGUCACUACUUUUAGUGAAUUUCUGCCAAUACAGCACAGUCCAUAAACAUCACAUAGGGGUGAGUGAUAAAAAGGACACGUAUACCAUUUCCUGCUUUGUCAGAUGUUCUCAAGGGAAAAUCCUUACAGGAGUGGGCCGGAGAAUUUAAUAUCCACAAAUAUCAUGGAUAUCCCUCAAUACAGCAACCUAACAACCUUUCGGAGGACAUUACGAGGAAUACUACUGGGCCAAAAUAAAGAGGCUUCAGAGCUUAUACCAGGCAAAAGUGGCUGCAUCAGAUGCAGUGAAGCCUCAAGCAUGUUUGUGUGGAAGAUAUCACAACACAGAUGCCAAGUGAAGCGUCACAGUUGGAUGGAUGGACAAAUGUGAACCAAGUCAUUACCUGACCACAGUUUAAAACGUGCAUCUCAUAUUAUGCUCAUUUCAGGCCUCUUUCUAAAGUGAAUGGUAUCAAUAUAGUAUUACUCUACACUAUAAUAUUUACUCACCUAAGGAAACUGUUUCCUCUGCAUGGGGGCAACAGACAGCAAGUGACUUAAAAGAGCUUCAAUUGCUUCCCCUCUAUUCUGUCGGUUUCAACCUAACCUUGGCCAAUCACUUUUAUGAAAACAUGUCCGUCUAUUAAGAUUUAUAACGAGCCAAUAACGGUGUUAUGCAUUAUACAGGACCUUUCAAUGGGCAGCGCAAUAAUUGCCAUGCUGUCCCAUACACAGCAGGUGUCAGUAGAGAGCACUGAACCUUGAGUUGAAGCAAAAAAAAAGCCCAUCGCCUUUAUUUUGGACAUUUCUGAAUAGAGUUUGAAACGCAAGUCAUCGGUUUAUGUAAUUUCCGAUCUUGAAAAUAAGCAAAACAAAAUUCCAUGUUAAUAAAUAUGUUUACAUUCUUUCAACAGCACAACAAUGUCCAAUUUUAUACUGCAAAAAAAUAUUCACAAAAUAAAUUGUUAGAAACUUUAGAGAGGAAAUUACUUGGAUGUAGGAUAGGGUGGGAAUUAGAGCCCUAACAGCCUCCACCUACACGGAUCUUGUGCAUCAUCCCUGGAGAAACAGCAUGCCACCAAUGAGACUCAUGCAUGGAUGUGGUCAUGGUCAUGAAGAGCACAGGUGUGUCCGGGGCUGGUUACAUGCUGUGCACGUCCUCUAUGAGCUUUCUCAAAGUCAGCAGCGUGUAAUUCCUUACACUCGCAUCACUGCUGGAGGCCACAACAGGAGCCGCGGGGCGAGGGCGUGUCCUUCUUGAGCACGGCGGGUCUCACCACGUCCACGUCUCGGUGCAGGUGGUUCAUCAAACCCGUGAGGAUGCUGGGCGCCGCGUAGAAGUCGAUGAGAAAGUAGGCGCCCCUGCUGUGUCUCUGGUUGUGCUUGUUCAUCUUGUAGGGCAGCAGCCUCUCGCCGAGGUUCUCCAAACCCCUCACCACCGCGCCUCGUUCCACCAGCGUCUCCACCGUCCUGCGGAGAGCAGCCGCCGUCUCUGGCCGCUGCAUCGCCUUCAGGAUCAAGGCCAGCUCGUAGCGAGGCAUGACUUUGCUGAGCUGCUGCUACUGCUAAACGCUCCGCCUGUGGGCGACCAUGACACGAGGAAGCGGAAAGGGUGAUGACGAAGAAAUGCUGCGACAACAUCCAAACGUGGUGAAGAUGGCGGAGCCCAAGUCGGUACCGAGUGACUUGUACAGAUACGUCUACUCCUUCCUGCGCGACAACAAGUUCACCAAAGCUGCGGAACUGUUCCUGAAGCAGACCAAAGUGAUCCCGCAGGAUCAAAAUGAAGAAAGCCUGACGAGCAUUUUCGACUUCUGGGUGAAGUCACCAGAAUCCAAAAAACGCAAAGUUCCAGCUGAUGCCUCUGCCGCCUGCAACGGCCCCUCAGCCAAGAAGGCCAAACCGAGCAAAGAGAGUUCCAGUAGUGAGGACUCGAGCAGUGAGGAUGAAAAAGCGGCAGCAAAACCAACGAAAACGGUCCCUGCGGCUAAAGUCACACCUGCAGCUGCGAAAGCAAAGAAAGCCGCCUCCAGCAGCAGUGAAGACUCCAGUGAGUCUGAAGAGGAAAAGGCGGCUCCAGCAAAGCCUCCUGCUAAGGCACCAGUGAAGCCUGCUGCAGCAGCUGGAAACGCUCGGAAGAAAGACACGAGUUCCAGCAGUGAAGAGUCGAGCUCUGAGGACGAGCAGCCAGCGAAGACGCCUGCACCCAAACCUAAAGUGACACCCAAACCUGCCGCCUCGGCGAAAGGAGCAGCAGCCAAGAAGCAAGAGAGCAGCAGCAGUGAGGACAGCUCUGACUCAGAAGAUGAAAAACCAGCCAAGGCACCAGUUAAACCUACGCCAGUGAAAGCAAAGGCGGCAGCGGCUGAAGACUCCAGCAGUGAUGACUCUUCAUCUGAAGAUGAGGCUCCACCUAGCAAGAAGCCAAAACCAGGUCCGUACAGUGCGGUCCCUCCACCAGCUUCAGUCCAGAAAGCACCAGCAGCCAAGGCUGCUGCUAAAGUUGCUGCAAAGAAGCAAGAGUCCAGUUCUGGCAGCUCAGAUUCAAGCUCUGACGAAGAAGAGGCGAAAACGCCUGCAGCGAAAGUCCCAGCGAAGCCUGCUCCUGCUAAACCUGCUGCAGCCAAAGCAGCUGCUAAAAAGGACGAAUCAGACGACGACGACUCGAGUUCAGAGGAAGAGGAGGAGGUGAAGAAACCCGCUGUGAAGGCGACGCCAGCCAAAGCAGCUCCUGUGAAGGUUACACCUGCAAAAAAAGACUCCUCCAGCUCAGAUUCAGAUAGCAGCUCGGAAGAUGAGGCAGACGCAAAGCCUGCUGCCACCAAAGCUGCGGCUUCUAAGCCUGCAGUUGCUAAAAAAGUUGCUGCCUCUAAACCCCCAGCGAAGGCAGCUGAGAGCAGUUCUGACUCGGACUCGUCCUCUGAGGAUGAGGAGCCUGCGAAGGUCAAGCCGGCCGCAGCUAAACCACCUGCAAAGCCGGCUGUUGCAACGAAAGCUGCGGCAGAAAGUAGCUCUGACUCCGAUUCCUCCUCUGAAGAUGAAAAGCCAGUCAAAUCGACUCCAGCAAGUAAACCUGCUACUCCGGCUGCAAAACCAGCUGCUGCGGCGGCGGCCAAACCGGCGGAGAGUUCUGAUUCUGACUCCUCAUCUGAAGACGAGGAACCAGCUAAGGCUAAACCUGCUGCCGCUAAAGUCGCGACCCCCACCUCCAAACCUGUCACGCCGAAAGCAAAAGCUGCUGCAGAGAGCAGUUCUGACUCGGACUCGUCCUCUGAGGAUGAGGAACCAGCGAAGGCCAAAGCUGCUGCUAAACCAGCCAAGGCAUCCACCCCUGCCUCGAAGGCUGCCACUCCCUCUACAAAGGCUGCUGCAGAGAGCAGCUCAGACUCGGAUUCAUCAUCUGAGGAUGAGGAACCAGCGAAGGCUAAACCUGCUGCGGCUAAACCUGCUGCGGCUAAACCUGCUGCGGCCCCUGCCUCCAAACCUGUCACUCCGAAAGCAAAAGCAGCAGCAGCAGCAGCAGCAGCUGCAGAGAGUAGCUCGGACUCUGAUUCAUCAUCUGAGGAUGAGGAACCAGCAAAGGCCAAAGCUGCUGCUGCUAAACCAGCCAAGGCAACCACCCCUGCCUCGAAGGCUGCCACUCCCUCUACAAAGGCUGCUGCAGAGAGCAGCUCAGACUCGGAUUCGUCAUCUGAGGAUGAGGAACCCGCGAAGACUAAAGCUGCUGCUGCUGCUAAACCAGCCAAGGCAUCCACCCCUGCCUCAAAAGCUACUACACCCUCAGCCAAGGCUGCUGCAGAGAGCAGCUCUGAUUCCGACUCUUCCUCCGAUGAGGAGAAACCAGCUCAGGUUAAAGCAGCAGUGAAGCCCACCACUCCCGUGUCAAAGCCUGCUGCUCCAGCAGCCAAGGCUGCAGCAGAGAGCAGCUCAGAUUCCGACUCUUCCUCCGAAGAGGAGAAACCAGCAAAGGCUAAACCCGCUGCUGCUAAACCUGCCACUCCUGCCGCAAAGGUGGCUGCAGAAAGCAGCUCCGACUCCGACAGUUCUGAGGAUGAGACUGCCAAGAAACCAGUCCAGAUCACCAAAGCCCGUGCAGAUUCCACUGCCACCAAGACUGCUGCGACACCCAAGAAGUCUAAGGAGAGUAGCUCCGAGUCCUCAGAUAGUUCUGACUCAGAGACGGAGACGAAAGCCACCCCGGCGAAAUCUGUCCCUAACGGCAAAGCAGCAACAGCCAAAGUGGCUGCAGCCAAACCUGCAGAGUCGUCCUCAAGCGACAGCAGCUCAGAGGAUGAGAAGCCCCCAAGCAAACCCACUACACCAGCUGCCUCUGCCAAGAAGACCCCAAAGGCAAAAGAGAGCAGCAGCUCUGAGGACAGUUCAUCCGAGGAAGAAGCUCCUCCUAAAGCUGCCACCACACCUGUCAACGGCACCAACGGGAAACAGAAGAAGGAGGAGGAGUCUGCAGAAAGCGAGGAGGUAGAACCGGAAGUGAAAACUCCGAAAAGCAAGAAGGUCACCAAGACACCACAGACGUUUCCAAAAGCAAACAAGUCUAAUGUUCCAUUCCGAAGGAUAAACGAGGAGGAUGUGGACGUGGACCCUCGACUUGCUGACAAUUCUUUUACUGCCAAGAAGGGGGCUAAUGGCGACUGGGGCGAGAAGGCCAACAACGUGCUCAAGUUCACGAAAGGCAAGUCGUUUCGUCACGAAAAGACUAAGAAGAAGAGGGGGAGCUACUGCGGAGGAGCCAUCUCCACAUCAGUCAACUCCAUCAAGUUUGACAGUGAAUGAGGGCUGAACUGAUCUGGACCUGAGACCCUGUUCAUCGACUUCCUCGGCUAAAAACUUCACCUGCCAGUGGAUAACCAGCGGCGCCGAACGAGUCUGGUGGAAGGUCGAGCGGAAGCAUUGCUGUUUAUAGCCACUAGGUGGCUCAAGGCCACCAUUCAAGAGUCAAGCUGGCCCUGUUUUUUUUUUUUUUUUCAGUUUUCUUAACAUUUAACUUUGUGAACGAAAUCUCCAUCCACCCACUAGUUAUUGUGCGCAUUUGGAUGUUUCUUUUAGUCCUAAGAAUAUGCCGAAUUCCUUAUUUUUGUUUGACUGAACGGUAGAACAUUGAGUAAGGUUGUUUUAUUCUGUAUAUUUAUUAGGUUUUUAUCACAGUCGCACCAUGUUAUGAUCAAGCCAUUUCCAUUAGACACUUUAUCCUGUUGGUGGAUGCAUCUCGACUGUUCAUUGUUGGAGUGAAACGUCAUAUAGAGCCUUGUCUUCUGUUCGUUUUGUCUGUAUGGAGUUUGACCCCUUCUUUUGUAUCUUGAUUACUUCAUUACAUGGAGGUGCUUCCUAUCUCAUUCCGUUGUCCUUUUCUUGAGAGAUGCAAGGAGUUUCGAUGAGAUUAAUAAUUUCGUUUAGUCAGUGACUUGGUGAACCAGCUAGAAUAAAUCAUCACCCAGGUUCUCACUUUUAAUU